AUGGCUUCACAAAAAGACCUUUCGCCCGAGUAUCUGGCAGCAGAUAUUGGCGAUCGAUUGACUGGUGUUGCAGGUGCAAUGCUGCCCAUUGUACUGCUGUUUCUCGGUUUACGUUUCUACUCGCGCCAUCUCACUCGAGCGCCAUGGGGUCUUGAUGACGCAUUGGCAAUCAUAUCCGGCCUGAUAUCAGUUGGGCUAUCAGCCCUCGCCAUCUGUUUUGUGAGAUACGGCGGCGUCGGUCAUCACCUCGAUGCACUCAAAAAAGAAGAGCCCCAAUUGGUACCGCAAUACUUCAAAUACCUGCUGGUGGUGUCGACCUACUACUACAGCACGGUAGCAAUCCCCAAACUGGCCGUUCUGGCCCUCUACGGCCGCCUUUGGACGGUGAAUCCAUACCGUACCAUUAUCCUAAUCCUGGCGGCCAUUAUCAUUCUCACCGCGGUGGUAUCCGGCAUCAUGUGCUUGAAUAUGUGCCAGCCAUUUGAGUUCAACUGGGACCAGAGCAUCCCCGGCGGCCACUGCCUCGACAAGCAAGCAUUUUUCACAUGGGCGUCACUACCCAAUAUCCUCACCGAUCUGGUGAUGCUCGUACUGCCGGUUCCGGUGGUGUGGAACCUGAACACCUCGAUGAAGGUCAAGUUGGGUUUGAUCUUUACAUUUGCGACUGGCAUCUUGGGCCUAGUCACAUCGAUCAUGCGCUUCGUGAUCUUCACCCGCGGCAACGCCGUCACCGACGGGUCGUGGUCGUCCACCGACCUCAUGAGCUGGAGCGUUGCAGAGCCAGACAUUUACCUGAUCAGCGCAUGUUUGCCGACCUUGCGCCCACUACUGAACCGAAUCUUUGGUCGGGACGGGUCCACCAACCAGUCCUCGCGAUACGCCAACGGGUACGGGGGUGGAGCUGGGUCAGCGGUGAAUUCGAAGCCGACAGCGGUCACCAUGGACUCGACAUUGUAUGGCGACGAGGUGCAGCUAGUAUCUAUCGUUGGCAAGCAGGGGAGCGAGAGCCGGGACGGACCGAUGGAACGAGAUCAUAUUUAUGUACAGCGAGAGGUCAAUGUCAAGGUCAGCAACGAUGGGUAG